AUGGGAAUUGAUGAGUUGAAAAAGUUCCUUGAAAGAUCGAGAUGGCUCCAAGAAGGCCGACGAGCUCAAGGCCGCCGCCCUCAAGCAGGCCGACCAGAUCAAGUCCAUCGCCGACUCCAUCUCCCCGCGCUCGACGCCGGCCCCUCCGCCAAUGCCGCCACCACCGCUCCCCCGGGGCCGUUGGAGGAGGAGGAGGACCUCAAGAAGCUCGACGUCACCGGCGACCUGCGGGAGUUCGUCAAGGGGUCCACGCCCACGACGUUCCAGAACUUACCAAUUCGAGAUGACGAAGAGGUGGAGGAGGAGUGCGGUGCUGCCGCGGCUGGUUCAAACGUGAAGCGGGAUCUGACGGAGUGGCAAGCGAAACACGCGACUCUCGUCCUCACGACCGUGAAGGAGAUUUCGCGGCUACGGCAUCAAUUGUGCCCUCGGGUUAUGAAAGAAAGGAGAUUUUGGAGGAUCUAUUUUACUCUCGUAAGCACUCAAGUGGCCCCGUAAGUCAAUUUGCUUCGUGGGUUGGGAUGAAAUCGAGUAAUUUUCCUAGUUCAAGGGAGAAUGUCCCCUUUGCUUUAGUUGAUACGCCCUCCAAGCU